ACGUGAAUGAUUAAUCAGCUCUUGCAACACCUGUAUUUCUUGUAUUUCUUUUUCAAGAGCUAUAAAUUGCCAUCUAAGCAAGCAGGGUUUUCGAAUCCUACAACGUGCUCUCAGAAAGCUCAUUUGAGAGCCACAUAAGGAGAGUAGAUUUCUGUUUCCAGCUUAGAGUUCGAGGCAGCCCAGGUAUUAAUUAUGAUGGCAGUUUUGCUUCACUUUGGAGUACUGAUAGCAGCAUUCUUAAGUAGCCACGUGGAAGGAAAGAGGGAUCCAAUACUGUACUGUGGAGCCUGCAGGGCAUUGGUAGAUGAGCUGCUGUAUGAAAUUAGAAAAGUUAACCCAAAGAAGACCGUUGACGUAGGGUCAUUCAGGAUAAGUCCAGAUGGAACACAAGAACAGAAUAAGGUACCCUUAGCAAAAUCUGAAUUGUACUUGACGGAAGUUUUGGAAGAAGUAUGUGAAAAAAUGAAUGAUUAUGGACUCUACGUGGACCCCACAACUCAGGAAAAAUCAUAUAAAAGAUUUGCUCCUAGAGAUAACGAGGGAAUUGGUUCAGUGGAUUUCAAGAAUUUCCAGUUCAAUCCUGAAGAGUCAAACUCUUUAAAAUAUGCGUGUGAACGAGUAGUAGAGGAGCAUGAAGACGAAGUGUUAUCAGUUAUCACCAAGGAGACUGAUAAUCUUGCUGACAAGCUGUGCACUGAGGAAACAGGUCUUUGUAAAGAAUCCCUGCACAAUGAAUUGUAAAAGGUUUUGCAACUUUUCCAGAGCCUGCGAUCAUAAAUCUGAACACUAAAAAUUUCUGACAUUAUAAAGUAUUUUUUAAAUCUGGUCACGUUUUCUAGAAGUAUUAUGUCCUUAUGUGAAUCAAUGAUUAGACAUUUAAUACAACUGGUCCAAAGCUUUGUUGUUGUUUUUUGUAUCUUUCUGCAUACUGAAGAACUUCAAGUUGAACCUUUUUAUGUAGUACUGCUCUCAAAAUCUUUCAGCUGUAUUCGAAGAUUAAAAAGUGCCCUUUAAAAA